CUCGGCGGGUAGAGGGUUUCAGCGCUCUUUUGUUUGGCGGAGGCGGAUCGAACGCGAGAGGCCCUUUUCCUAGCCGUUGCUCCUCUUACUUCAGAAGCGGGGACCUGCUCUUUCGCCCACUGCAGCCGAGGCUCCUCCGCUUCUCCGUGCUUCUUUUUAUCUUUACAUUUCCACUUGUGGGGUCUUGGCGAGGCUAACCAAGGUAUGCAGAUCCAAAGAGUUAAACAGACACUCUCAGUGAUGCUGAUAAGAGCAGUAUCUGCAACCCUGCUCAAUUGUUUCAGGAGCCCUUCAUUGAACACUCAAUCAUUUUGCUGCUCCUGAUACCUCCUUUAAACCGCAAAGCUGGCGAGCACAAUGGGAAAAAAGCAAAACAAGAAGAAAGUGGAGGAGGUCUUGGAAGAGGAAGAAGAGGAAUAUGUGGUGGAGAAAGUUCUUGACAGGCGGGUAGUGAAAGGCAAAGUGGAAUACCUGCUUAAGUGGAAAGGCUUUUCAGAUGAAGAUAAUACAUGGGAGCCAGAGGAGAAUCUCGAUUGCCCUGACCUAAUUGCAGAAUUCCUGCAAUCCCAGAAAACAGCACAUGAAACUGACAAGUCAGAGGGAAGCAAGCGCAAAGCUGAGUCAGAUUCUGAGGAUAGGGGGGAAGAAAGUAGACCAAAGAAAAAAAGAGAAGAGGCUGAAAAGCCUCGAGGGUUUGCAAGAGGGUUUGAGCCAGAACGGAUUAUUGGUGCCACAGAUUCCAGUGGGGAGCUCAUGUUCCUAAUGAAAUGGAAAAACUCAGAUGAAGCUGAUCUUGUUCCUGCCAAGGAAGCUAACAUCAAGUGUCCACAAGUGGUCAUCUCAUUUUAUGAGGAAAGGCUCACAUGGCACUCUUAUCCCUCAGAGGACGAUGAUAAGAAGGAUGACAAGAAUUAAUCUGUUUGUCCUUCUGUCCUCAUCCCUCCUUUGGCUGACUUUUGUAUUAAAAUACCAGACUAUGGGUUUGAACAUAAGGGAGAAGUGAAGAAGCUCUUGGCUGAGGAGGAUGCCUUCUGUAGAAACGGGACAAGAUUUCUCCCUAUGACAGUGUGUUUAUGUUUAUAUAUAUAUGUAUAUGUAUAAAACAUAUAUAUUCAUAUAACAUAUAUAUUCAUAAUCUGUCACCUUGAUUGGAAGAACGAAGGCCACCAACAGAAACAGCAAGUGGAGGUGGUAUGUUCUCUAAAGAUCACCUGCAAUUUGCAGCCUUUUUCUCAAAUAGUGUUAACUGCAUUUUUAGCAUGUGUGUGUAGGUUUCAUUCCUUUUUUGGGUAUUAUUUGUGUAUUGUUGGGGUGGGAAGUGUAGGUAUGUUCCAACUCACUUGAGACAAAGAGUGGCUCACAGUAUUCUAUAGAGUCUCAUUUUAAAAAAAAAACUGCAAUUAAAAUAAGUUACUCUUAAUUGAAUAAAAUUACUCAGUUUUGACAUGUUGGAGCAAAUGUGUCUUAAGUGUUAAAAUUAACAAUUGAGACUGCUAAUACAAGAAUUAUCAUUGCAUCUAAAAUUAGAGAAGAUGAAAAUUUAGACCCUGUAGUUGAACAGUCAACACCUUAUUCUAAAUAAUGUUUCUUUAUGCAUCUUUUUAAUAUCUUUUCCCACAGAAUUACUUUUUAACUUUCCUGUAUGUAUGUGAACUUGAGAAUCUAAAUGAGUGGCAUCAAGAAGAAACCAGAAGAAAAAACUUUCUACAGCACAAAUAAGUUGCAGAAUAUUCUGUAAACACUUUGUCAGACUUGGGCAUUUAUUAUUACUUUCUUUGUCUUGGCCUGCCACCAAUUUCAAUUUAAUAAAACUUCUGUUUUUACAAAGGACAUAAUUUUACCAAUAAAUUUGCUCAAAUCCUAGUAAGCCACCAACUCCUUCACAGAGCAGUAUGUACGUAGAAAUGUAUUGUACAAAUCUUUUUUAAGAUAAAGCAUGUGUAGGCUUCUGUGAAAAUGUUGUCUAAAACUUAAGUGUUUGGAUUUAACUUCAUAAUGACCUGUCUUUUUGUCUUAAUAAAAUUUUAGAUUUAUAA